GGCCGUCGGCGCCGCCGCUGCCCGCAUGAAGCACUCGUUGUACGAUGUCCAGAAGAAGGCGGAGGAGGGGGAGCAGGUGCCGCCCCCUCUGCAGCCGCCGCCUCCGAGGCCCAGCAAAGCAUGUCUGUGGGCCCUGCUGAUGCUCUGCAUGGUCCUCAUGCUGACGCUGGCGGUUACGCUGGCCAUGAUCCUCGUCACCAGAGAUGGUCCGCUGUCACUCUGGGAGAAGACGGCGAGCAAAUCUGAGUCGAAGUCAGCCGCUGAAUGGAACGCGAAAACCACCAAGCACUCAGCGACCCACCCUCAAGUGACAGACACCGAGGCAGGCGCGGUGGUACCGACACCUAACGGUCGUAGCACAAAACACGUCGAGAAAGAGGACGCUGCGAUCGCCACGACCGAGUCGCCCUUGCGGCCGGUCAUUCCGCCGCCAUCCGUGAAGACGCCAACCGCGAAGGUUUGGGUCGACCACAAGUCGUCCGUCGCAGCCAAAGGCGUCCGGGACAUCCAGCAAGCCAGCAGCGCCGCCUAG